AUGUAUGAGCCAGAAGCUAUAAGGCGCAGAAAAAAGCGUGAAAUAGAUCAUGAAGUAGUUAAUCAACAAAGAAUCGUUGACAACGCUCUAGUUUCCAAACUGAGGACUUUAAAGGUUAUUAUAAUCAAAUAAAGGAAAUUUUCAUAAAAUUUAUAACUAUGAUGUAAUCAUUCCAAAAUAUCACAAAGCUGAAGAAGUUUCAGAAAUAAACCAAAACAUGAAUGACGCAUUAACAAGAUUCGAGGAUCUGUUUAACCCUCCAAAAAAGAAGAAAUAAAUAUGAUGAAUUUGAAGAAAUUCUUGCAACUUUCGAUAAGCAAUCAAAGAAUCUGUCUCCGUUAGGUUACAAGAAUAUCACGACUAGAGAUAAAGAAGAUGAUUUGAAGAUUACCCAGCGGCUUUUGAAAACCUCCCAACUUCUCAAUGUAGAGAACGAUAACAUUCUUAAGGCACUUAUAGCAGAUAUCUGAUUCAAGACCAUGGGCAAGGUUAAGCCAAAGUUUUUGUUACGAGCUCAAGAUGGCCGGAAGAUAAAAUAUCUCUCUGAAAUUAAACGUGAUAAGUACAUUUUUAUGACUGAUGCUCAUACACUGAACAAAACUCCAGAUAAAAUGAGAGAACUGAUCCAGAGUUAUGAAAAAUAUAUUGCUAUCAAGAGAAUCAAGCCAUUUAAUCUUCUUGAUGAAUUUUCUUAUCAAUAUACGACAAAUAUUAAUCUCAAAGAGUUGAGGGAGGACAGUGUGAUGCACUCAAGCUUUGUAGACGACUCUAAUAAGCCACUGAAUAUCACUGAAAAGUUGUUAAACCCUAAAAUGCCAUCUAAUACUAUUGAGCCAAUGAAAUCCAAAUCCAAACUAGGAACUCUAGAGAAGACUAGAGAUUUAAUAAUGAUGCAGAAUUUGCAAUCUACCCCUCAUCUUUCUCAACUGAUCUAUGAGAGGAAUCAGAAAUAAAUACCUAACGGAUCUGACACCUCAGCAUAAAUUUGCAGAGACGCCCUUUACACAUAGGAGGUAUAAGUCCUCUAUCGAAGACCUCAAAGUGCCUUACUUUAAGGAUAAAAAGAUUGAUAUGCUCAAGGAUAUGCCAGCUCCUAAGAAUACGAAUAAUCUACUCACAAGGCAGAAUAAGGUUAUCAAAAUGGCAAAGCACAGAAGCGUAAUUAAGGAUAAAAGUAAAAGAGAAACUGAGAAAAUGCUCAAAGUUAUUGACACAACUAUGAAGAGACAGAAGGAAAUGAUCGUUAAUAAUGCUCUCACACUCAAUACAGUCAGAGGUAGAGAUGAUGACUUUGAAGGACAGAUUGAGAAGACUAUGAAUAGUAUCAAAAAUGAAAAAUCACAGAGAGUUAUGAGCCAACCCAGUUUCCAUUGCAGGCCAAUCAAGAUGCCACAAUCAUAUAUUAAAAAGGACUUGUCUAUCACACAAAAUUCAAGAGUAUUUGAGUUAACAAAGAAGCUGCGAGCCAAAAGAGCAAUUGAGAAGAAGCCAAUAUUUUCAAAUACAAGUGUACAAAGAGCGACCCUCUCCCAGCCUUCAAUUGACAUUAGGAAAACAAACUCAAUAAUUAACUUCUUAGGGAAGGAUGAAACCACAGAUGACAUUACUCGAUUUGGAAGUUUCAAGAAUGAUUUCGAAAUGGCGGAUUUCAAAAUAUUGAAUCAGACUAGAUCAACCAUACUCAACAGGAAAGCUAGAUCAAAGUCUUCAGCAAGCAAGAUCUAUGCUUCUGCUAGUGAAGAUGCAGAGAUGCUCAAGUACAAAAUUCUGAAUGAUCAUUUCGAGAAGUUGAGAAUCGGACGCUAA